CGGUUGCUAGGCAACAUCUUUGUUACACGACGAAGUGAGACCUUUUUUUGUUUGGGACGCUCGGACUGAGAUCCUACAAAAAGACAGGGACAUAGGAACUGAAAAGAAAGAGGACAACUAAGAUAAACCAUUAAUGGGCGGAAUGGGGAAAAAAAAAGCAAUGAGUUGAAGAUACUAAUCUCAAUAUAUCAUAGGCAUCCCCAGAUAUUCCGCAAACAUGCCACCAAGGGGGUAUGUGCAUCGUGGCGAUGACAUCUGCUCCUAUUAGCAGGGGAAACAACAGCCAUGGCCGGCCCUGUGAUCAGGAAUUGGUGGAACUCCUACCAAUUGGACAAAUCGGACACCAAUGACUCCAACAGGGAGGAGGACAAAGAGGAUGUUGCAGGGAAAAGGCAAUUAUCGAUAAGUCAGACCCUACGAACCAGGCAGCUGCGCGUGGACUUUGAUGGAGGGCGCCCGGUUUUCAGUCUUCGAGCACCACUGGAUCUGGUUCAGUUCCCAUCUAUCUCCUGCCCCCGUUGGCCAGUAGAGUGUGAGGUUGUCAGCCAUGCAAUCCAUCACAUUGAAUGGCAACCUCCAAAGCCUGAACCUUUCUAUCACCCAACUGGUCAUGAGAAGAUCCACUUUCCGCUUGGGGAGGAGAGCAGACAUGUUGUAUAUUGCAUUGACCAGGGCAACAAGUGUCCCUACUUCACAUGCUCUCGUGUGGGAGGCUCACGGGUGUCUGUGGCGAGCACGUGUUCUGCUGAUGUCAACCCGACAGACCUCUCGCUGGAGUUUGAAUCGCGAUUUGAGAGUGGAAACCUUCAGAAGGCAGUGCAAGUGGGUCCUUAUGACUACGAGCUCACCCUCCAGACUGACAUGUACACCAGCAAGCACACGCAGUGGUUUUACUUCAGAGUCAGGAACAUGAAGGCCGGAGUGACCUACCGCUUCACUAUUGUCAACUUGAUGAAGCGCCGCAGCCUUUACUCCCAGGGCAUGAAGCCUCUGCUCUACUCUGAGAGGGCUGCGAAGGAGAACGCCGUUGGGUGGAAACGUUCUGGCUCCAACAUCGUGUACUGCCGAAGUCAGAAUGCAAAGGAUACCCCGGAGUCCAAGACUCAGUACUCCCUCACUUGGACUCUCCAUUUUCCAUAUGAAUCUGACACCUGCUACAUCGCCCACUGCUACCCCUACACCUAUUCAGACCUACAGCGCUAUCUUCGGCACAUUUCGUCCGACCCAGCAGUGGUGUCGUACUGCAAAGUGCGGGUGCUGUGCCACAGCCUGGCUGGCAACGCUGUCUAUGUUCUGACCAUAACGUCACAGGCUGAUGACAAAGAGGAAGAGGGCAAAACCAAGAGAGCCGUUGUGGUCACGGCCCGAGUACACCCAGGAGAAACCAAUGCGUCCUGGUUGAUGGAGGGAUUCCUGGACUUCCUGCUCGGGAACUCUGAUGAUGCUCAACUUUUGCGGGACACUUUUGUUUUUAAGGUGGUGCCGAUGCUGAACCCAGACGGCGUGGUGGUCGGCAAUUACCGCUGCUCUCUGGCAGGCAGGGACCUCAACAGGAAUUACAAGACCAUGCUCAGGGAUUCUUUUCCAUGUGUGUGGCACACCCGAAACAUGGUGGAAAAACUGAUGAAGCAGACCGACGUAGUUCUGUACUGUGAUUUUCAUGGCCACAACCGUAAAAACAACGUGUUCAUGUACGGUUGCAACAACCGAGACGAUGAUUCACCAAAGCUGCAAGAAAGAGUUUUCCCUUUGAUGCUGAGCAAGAAUGUCAGAAACAAGUUCUCCUUCAAGAGCUGUAAAUUCCAGGUGCAGAAAAGCAAAGAGGGAACCGGACGAGUCGCCAUGUGGAGACUUGGGAUAAAAAACAGCUACACUAUGGAGGUCACCUUUGGAGGUUCCACUCUGGGUGAUCGGAAAGGAACGCAUUUUUCCACUCAAGACCUGAAGUCCCUGGGCUUUUGCUUUUGUGACACCUUACUUGACUACUGCGAUCCUGAUCCGACGAAGGUGACUUAUUGUCUGAAAGAGCUCGCAACCCUGUUGAGAGAUGAAGUCAGAGAACUGGGCAAAGAAUUGGAUACCGACUUCUCUGUCUUUGAUUUGGAAUCUGGCACAAGUGGUUCCAAUAGUUCAGAUUCUGAUGGACUUCCAUUACAUUUGCUCGCACAGCAACAAAGUGAACAUGCAGAGAAAUCUCCGGUCAAGAAUAAGAAGAAAAUGACUCGCAAAGAAAGAAACAGGCUGAAAAGCAGGAUACAACCUGUACAAGUUCAACAAGUUGAGCCUGACUUUCCCCAUGAGAUUGAGAAUGCACAAAAAGAGAGCAUCCAAGGAAGUCCACUUCGAAGACACAGGAGAAAAUGGAAGGUAAAUAUUCCUGCCAGGAAAAGCGUGAUCCCCACAGCAAACACUGACCAUGCAGUGAUCAGUCAUGUGACCCUUUGGCAAGGCUUUGAACCUCUCAAGGGUGCUUGUCCAGAAGACGUGAGGGCAGAAGCGGACAUGCAUCGCAAGAAGAGCGCAUGCGCAAACCUCAACGCUUAUGCGGCCAUUUCACCUCACAGAGUGGACCAACAAAGAGACAGAGUGCAGUGGAGAUAUUCAUCAAAGCUGCUGCACCUCAGCGCUCUCCUUCAGCGACCUCCAAGAUUCUUGCACCCAGCCCAGCAACAGCUGGAGCAGCUUCAUCAUCAUCAUCAUCAUCAGUACCAUCAUCAUCCACAGCAAAAUCAUUAUCAGCAGCCGCAACAUUAUCUUCAGGAGCCGCAUUAUUAUCGUCAUCACCAUCAUCAACCCCAGCUUCAUAAUCACCAUCUUCAGCAGCAGCAGCUGCAGCAACACCAUCCUCAUCGGCCCCAUCAUCAUCAUCAUCAUCAUCAUCAUCAUCAACAGCAGCAGCAGCAGCAUUGUGUCGCUCGACUAUCACCCUUCAAUGGAACAUCUGACAGUCUUCAUCGCCCCAUGUUUGAUAUUGUUCCCACGAGGCACCUGCCGUCCACCAUCACCCCCGAUGAUAAUAACAGAGACAGAAAUUCCUCAAUGAUGCCAAAUCGUUACUACGUCCACCAGGAUCUCUCCACUGUACUUGCAGACAUACCAAACACCAAAUGGCGAGAUGAGAGACAGGAAGUGGAUUUUAAUGAAGUUGGAUUGCUCAAACAUCUACCAUUUCGAGAGCUUAACCGGCGAGAUCUCAUCUCAGAAAUCUGUCAGAGAAAGUCCAUUCCCCACCCCAAUUUCUUUGUGCCUGUACUAAGGUACACAGACCUGCAAGGACACAGACUGAGCGAUUCAGCUUUUGAAGACAAAGCACCAAAAGUUGUUUUACCCCCUGUAGCAAAGUCCUCCACAUCCACAGGAUGGCCCCAUAGGUGAGUGUCACGGUCAGCCUAAGAUAUCAGACCCCCGAACCUGGAAGAGAAGAUCUGGUACCGCUCCAGAGAGGCCGGUCACCACAAAACUAUUCCAACCAGCGUCACCUGACUGUACCGGGUUGGAAUUAAAGACGUUCUGGCCAGCGAUUGGAACCUAUUCGAAUGAACAUGUGAAAGCAUCUAGGUGACAAGGUCUCACUGAUGCUGCCGUCAUGAUAUAUGAUAGCUUUUAACAUAUUAAAUGAGUAAAUUGAUUAAUGAUGGGAUAAUAAGGUUGUU